AUGCUGCGCUCAAUCGUCUUCACUUUCGCUGCUUUUGUAUCACUUACUUCGGCAACCCCUCUCAUCUAUGAUGGCCGUGCCCCUUUCAACUAUACUAGCGAAGACCUGAACAGCGACCUGGAUCCCUACUUAUCAGCGGUCAAAGGCAGCAUGAAUGCCUCAUAUUAUACCCAACUCCUUGGGCACUCGCUAAAUGCUACACCGCUGUGGUCGCCCAAUCUAUGGUCUCCUAUAGAACAGCCGAUGACGAUUUCGAUUGACAACACUUCUAUCUUCGUCCCUGGAGGAAGCACACCUCAAAACGGUUUCCGCCGGACGGAGCUCAUUGCGCAAAAGAAUGGGAACCAUACCGCAUUAAACGCUGUCGCUGAUGCAGGAACCACUGUGUUCCACGUAUCCAUUCUGGAGGACCCGGAGAGACCUUUGAAUUUCAGCCAUGAGUACCAAAUCGUCUGGAUCGAGCCUAAUGAUGGAACCCACGUCUUCGAGAUCCAGCUCGGUUCACCUUUCACCAUCCCCACGGGCACUGUGCCCGUCUCCGACGCUCGAUUCCUGAAAGUUCGCAACCAUGCGCUCGACCUUCUAUUUGAGACGCCUUUUACCUGCAAGGACUGGCAUAACUUCGCGGUCCAGAUUGAUUGGACGAAUCUCACCCUUGGCGUCUUCUAUUCAACCAAUGGAGAGCCACUGAAGAAUGUAACUGGCAUUGUGGAGAACUCGAGCGCCUCACCCGGUGCAGCUGGCCAAGGAGAUUAUCACUUUGGUUUACUCAAGCUUCCACUCGCGAAUCCCAACGAGACAGCUUCGCAGCAGAGUGAUGUUGUGCAUUUUGGUAUCCAGGAAGGCGAUGCCGAGGCGCUGACUUAUUCGGGUGUCUUCAUUGAGAGUAUCACAGGAGGCGUCAGUGCAGCAUAUGGGAAAACUAUCGCUCCAAUCUCUUGA